UUUUAAUUAAUUUUAAUAAUUUUUGGGUAAUGUUUACAUCAGAAUUUUUCCGUCUCAAAACUUAACGAAUUCUUCAGCAACACAGACGGAGAGGAAAGAUGAAGUUCAAUCCGACCUUCAGAAAACGAGUGGAAAUCGGACGGGUGGUGUAUAUCAAUGAAGGUCCCUACAAGGGCAAGCUGGCAGCCAUCGUGGAUGUCAUUGAUACAAAUAGGGCCUUGAUUGACGGCCCGUGCACUAAUGUCCCUCGCCAGGGGUUCAAGUACUCUGAAAUGUUUCUUACAAAGUAUACGAUAAAAAUAAAUCGUAGCCAGAAGACCAAAUAUGUAAGACUAGCCUGGGAAGCUGCCAACGUUGACCAACAGUUUGCCGAGUCAGAGUGGAACCGAAACUUGAACAAGGACGUCCUGCGUUCCAAGAUGACUGACUUUGAUCGCUACAAGUUGGGCAGGGCCAAGCAGUCCAGGAACAAGAUUAUCAAGGAUGCAUAUUUCCGCAUCAAGAAGCAAGAUCGCAAAGAAAGGAGGCAAGGCAUCGCCAAGAAGCCCAAGGCCAAGGGCAAGUCCAAGUCCAAGAAAGGUGCUGCCAAGAAAACCUCCGUCAAGAAAGGCGUAGCCAAGGAAGAUCCAGUCAAGGAAGAUAAGGUCAAGAAAGUUAGGGCCAAGAAAGAUAAGGCCCAGAAAGAGAAGGCCAAGUAAAGAUUAUCUGAGCAAAUAAAAAAAAGAUUGUU